CGCCGCCUCUUCCGGCAGCGCUGGCGAUGGCUGCGGCGGGGCUGUUUCUCCCCGCGCAGGGACCCAGCGAAGUCGCCGCGGCCGCUCAGGCCCUUUCGCUGCCGGCAGAGGCUUUCGGCAACGAUCCCCGUGUGGAGCUGGCCUGGGCCAUGAAAGCCCAUCAGCACGCCCAGGUCUACUUUAAUCUCAUCUCCUCCGUUGACCCCAAGUUCCUGAACCUCACCAAAGUUGAUGAUCAGAUCUACGCCGAGUUCAGGAGAACCUUCAGGGACCUUAAAGUUGAUGUGCUGGACCCAGAGGAGCUGAAAUCAGAGCCUGCCAAGGAGAAGUGGCGCCCGUUCUGCCUGAGCUUCCAGGGGGUGGUGGAGGAUUUCAACUUCGGGACCCUCCUGCGUCUGGACUGCAGCAAGGACUACACAGAGGAGAACACCAUCUUGGCCACCAGAAUCCAAUUUUUUGCCAUCGAAAUCGCUCGGAACAGAGAGGGCUGCAACAGCCUGGUGUACAGCAGUGCCAGGGAGGGGGUGGCAGAGGAGGUGGCAUCUGGGUGAGGAAGGGGACAAAUUCCCCCCAAGUGCCAAGCCCUGGAGGGGCAGAAAGCCCCCAACCCUGCUGCUGGUCCCUGCUUGGGCAGGGGAUGGAAGAGCAGGGCUGGACCUGCCUUCCCUGCUCCUCCCAAGCUCUGACUGUAAAUAAAUGUUUUAAAAAAACCCCAAACUCCUCAUGCUGCCAAAUUGUUCCCCAAAAGCCAGCAAACCCACUGAAAUCUGGCUGGAUGCUGUUGGAGUUUGGACAGACUUUGCCUGCACCCCAAGAGGUCUCAGGUUGCUCCAGGGGAGGUUUGGAUGGGAUGGGAGAAGGAAUUGCUUCAGAGAAAGGGUAAUUAAUCUGGUCGGGAUUGAUCCCCAUCCCUGGAGGGGUUCUGAAGCUGUAGAUGUGGUGCUGAGGGAUGUGGGGGAAGCCCUGGAGUUGGGUUCAUGGGUGGUGGAGCCAAGUUAUGGUUGGACUUGAUCUUGAAGGUCUCUUCCAAGCAGAAGAACUGAGUGAUUUCAGUUCCCCACCCCAGAGCAUCACCUAAAAAUCAAAUAUCCUUUUUUUUUUUUUUUUUUACCCCAUUUCUUUGGGGGGGGGCAGGUGAUGGGCAGGCAGACAGCAGCUCAGUAGAAACCAUUGAAGUUUUAUUUGCAGUCACAAUGCUUACACUGUAUGCAGCAAACACCCUUACAAGUCAACCAGCAAUCUGCUCACGCGGAAAAAAAGGACCCAACACACAAUCACCAGAGGAAAGGAAACAACAAUGGGGGAAAAAAAAAAC